GGGAAGCGUGGACCGGAAACAGGAACCAGUGGAUUCAGAGCGUGCAUAAUGAAAACGCUGCUGCUAGGCUCCUCGUUUAGACGCUUGGCGACGUUUUUGGACUCAUCUUCUCCCUUCUGUAAUAAAGUCUUCACACAAGCAGCAGCGGGACGACGUUUGUAUUGUUUUAGAAAAACGAUGCACUAUGAAACGGAGCAGAGAGGACACCCGAAUUCUCCAGACUACCGCCUUUAUUUUAAAACUGCAGAUGGGAAGUACAUUUCACCGUUCCAUGACAUCCCGCUUAUAGCAGAGUCAGAACAGGAUUAUGACGUGCCAGCUAAAAAACCCAAGAGUGAGAGUGAGGUACUUUAUAACAUGGUGGUUGAGGUACCUAGGUGGUCAAACGCUAAAAUGGAGAUUGCAACAAAAGAGCCUCUGAAUCCAAUCAAACAAGAUGUUAAGAAAGGAAAGCUCAGAUAUGUUGCCAACAUUUUUCCUCACAAAGGUUACAUUUGGAACUAUGGAGCACUGCCACAGACAUGGGAAGAUCCAAACCAUCAAGACAAAGAAACAAUAUGCUGUGGUGACAACGACCCUAUUGAUGUUUGUGACAUCGGGACCCAGGUGUGCUCUCCAGGUCAGGUGAUCCAAGUAAAGGUUCUCGGCAUUUUGGCGAUGAUUGAUGAGGGAGAAAUGGACUGGAAGGUCAUUGCCAUCAACGCCCAAGACCCAGAUGCUAAAAAGCUCAGCUGUAUAGAAGACGUCCGCAAGAGCCGACCAGGUCAUUUAGAGGCCACCGUUGACUGGUUUAGGAAAUAUAAAGUGCCUGAUGGAAAGCCUGAGAACCAGUUUGGGUUUGAUGGACAGUUCAAAGACAAGGACUUUGCAGUUGAGAUCAUUAAAUCCACCCAUGAGCACUGGAAGGCGCUUAUACAGAAGCAAACGAAUGGUGGAGAAAUUGAAUGUAAAAACGUGUCUUGCUGUGACAGCCCUUUCAAAUGCAGCCAUGCUGAUGCCACAGCGGUCGUCCAGAAGGCUCCUGCUCCUGGUAGUGCACGUCCUGUAUCUUCAGAAGUGGACAAGUGGCACUUUGUGUGAAGAUCCUGGAGCCAAGACUGAAUGUGGAGUGAAGAAUCACGAAUCAUCAAUGCAGCUGGAUUUAUUUUUUAUAAACACUCCUUUCUGUCAUAAAGUUUCAACUGGAACUAUGUGAUGGGGACAGAGCUAAUACCCCCCCAUGUGGACAAAAUGAGCUAGUGCAGACGUGUGCUGCAGUAAUGGUGUGUGCUGGAGUUCAGCUUGGUGGGAUUCUUUGGUGUUAGUUGUACAAAAAAGAAAACUCCCAAAGUGAAUCUGCCAAUGUUUUUGAAAUUAUACAUUUAUGGGCUCAUUUGGCCACUUUGGAGUGUGCUUCUGUGUAAAGAGUUAUAGUGUCUACCAUCUACCAGUUUCUGGAGAAAUGAUUUUUUUUUGGUCCGGCAGGAUAGGUGAGCCAACUGCUAGUCUGAGCGACGUCAAGAUCAAAGUGUGUUGAUGCGAGCUGAAAGCAGCCCCAGUCUCCAAAACAUCUGUGCUUUAAGAAGAUGUUUACAUAAAUCCUUGCUCUGCUGUCAUAAUCUGACAUUUUGCAGCUGCUGCUGAUCAAUAUUCCUGUAAACGCCCACAGAAUUACAUGUAAAUUAUCAUGUAAUGCUAAACCGAUGGCUGUGUAAAAGUUUUUAGGAGAACAUGGCAAUUUCAGCCGUUACACUAACGUUUUAGAAUAGCUCAUCAGUCCUGUGUGACUGAACCCAGUUUGGGAAGCCGUCUAUAACAGGUAGGAUCACAAUUAGACCCAACUUUUACACAAACACAUUUCAAAGUGGUUAAAAUGUUUCUAAACUUUGCUUUUAGAAUCCUAUAACAAGGCAGCAAAAGGCUGUAAUCUGAUUACACAUGAAAUCAGUUUGUCCACCAACAGAUUUUCUAUUUGUGUUUCUAAUGUUUGGUUAAAUAAGCAUAAAAAUAAGUUGUGAACUUGCA